AUGUCAGGAUUACAACGUCGUCGUGUUAAGAACGCCAACACUGGGGAAUUGUCUGGUUCUUCCCAGCCAGCGUCUCCAAAAGUCCCUGCUUCUUCCAUCGCUGGGGUGGUGCCAGACAGAACCAAUGAAGAUCACAAGAUAGCUUACGAUCCAGAAGACAUGAACACAUCAAAACAGAACUCAAGCGCCCCAUUGUUAACGCUCAUGGAAGAAGUGUUGCUCAUGGGGAUCAAGGACAAAGAAGGAUACUUAUCAUUUUGGAAUGAUAACAUCUCUUAUGCUUUACGUGGAUGCAUAAUCUUGGAAUUGGCGUUCCGUGGUAAAAUCCAAAUGCUCAAUGAUCCAGCCCGUAGAAGAUUCGAGUUGAACGAAAGAUUAAUUGAGGUGAUUGAUGACUCUUUGACUGGGGAAGUGUUGUUAGAUGAAACUUUGAAACUUAUGAAAAAUGAUGAAGGUCAUUUGAGUGUUUCUACAUGGAUUGAUUUAUUGUCCGGUGAAACCUGGAACUUAAUGAAGAUCAAUUAUCAAUUAAAACAAGUCAGAGAAAGAUUAGCUAAAGGAUUGGUCGAUAAAGGGGUAUUAAGAACUGAAAGAAAGAACUUUUUGUUGUUUGAUAUGGCCACCCAUCCUGUUGCGGAUUUGACAUGCAAAGAUCUGAUAAAAAAGAGGGUGUUGUCACUUUUGGUGGCCAGAAACGCCGCUUUGAACAACAACAAAUUCUUUACUGAGAACGUUGAUUAUAAAUGGCUUAGAUCUAUCUGUCUUGUAUGCGGUUGUUUUGCUGCCAAUGUUUUGGAAAAUGUUCUUGUGCGUUUGAAUUACGAUCAAAGAGAUAAUGCGUUUGCCAGAGCAGAUGAACUAUUGAACGAAUACUCCGAAUAUCCAUUUUUGUCCCAAACAAGUAGUCUAGGAGUCGGGGCAAACGUUGCAGAAGAGGUCAAUAAGGAGAUUGAAGAAUUGGGUAACAAAGAGUUACAAUUGGAGGUUAUUGCUGCGGUGUUGAGUGUGUUUUCUAAAAUGGAUUCGUUGUUGUGA